AGGACAGCAAAGAUGUCUUUGUUCUGGGCUCCAUCGAAGACAUCACCGUCGCCUUGGAAGAUUCCUUGGUCACCAUUUCGACCAUUGCUGGAAGUCGAUAUGUAGGCCCUAUUCGAGCAGAGGUGGAACAAUGGCAAAAGGAUCUGCUGCUUUUCCAGGAGACGCUGGAUGAAUGGCUAAACGUUCAACGGAAUUGGAUGUAUUUGGAGUCCAUUUUCAACGCAGGGGACAUCAAGAAGCAGCUGCCAGGGGAAAGCGCCAAGUUCCAAGAGAUUGAUGUACAAUGGCGGCAGAUCAUGAAGGAGACCUACGAAUACGCCGUGGCUCUAAAGGCGGCCACGAAGCCAGGCCGAUUGGAGCUCUUCAAGAAAGCCAGCGAGACUUUGGACCAGAUUCAGAAGCAGCUAGAGGACUAUCUGCUCUCCAAGUGUGUAGCCUUCCCACGUUUCUUCUUCCUCUCCAAUGAUGAACUGCUGGAGAUCCUCUCGCAAGCCAAAAGGCCACAGGCCGUACAGCCCCAUCUGCGCAAGUGUUUCGAUAACUUGGUGAAGUUGAAGUUUGGGGAUGGCGCCAACAGCACCGACAUUCAUGCCAUGAUCAGUGGAGAAGGGGAAGAGAUUCCUUUCUACAAGAUGUUGAAGGCAAGAAACGGAGUGGAGAAGUGGCUGAGUGCUGAAGGUGGAGUGGAAGAAUAUAUGGUGAAAACCAUGAGGGCCGAGGUCAAAAGAGGAUGGGAGACCUAUGCGCAGGAGUCUGAUCGCAAGGAAUGGGUGCGGAAGCAAUACUGUCAGGUGAUGAUUACUGUGGGAUCCAUCUACUGGACCUUGGAGACAGAAGAAGUUUUGACUGCCACAGAUGGAAGCAAGGUGCAGCUGAUGGGUAAGUGGUUUCAGAAGAACAAGACCCAGUUGGAAGGUCUGACCGAACUGAUCCGUGACAAGUUGAACAAACUGCAACGGAAGGGUGUGGUGGCACUGGUCACACAGGAUGUGCACAAUCGCGAUAUCAUCCAGGAUCUGUUCGAUAACAAGAUCACCAGUAUGCAGAACUUCAAGUGGCAGCAGCAACUGAGGUACUAUUGGGAUCCCAAGCUGGACGGUGAUCACGGCGACUGUUGCAUUCGCCAGGUGGAUGCUUUCAUCAUGUAUGGCCACGAGUACAUGGGUGCCUUGUCCAGACUGGUCAUCACUCCGCUGACGGAUCGCUGUUGGAUGACCAUCACUGGAGCCUUGCACAUCAAGCUGGGAGCUGCUCCGGCGGGGCCUGCGGGGACAGGAAAGACCGAGUCGACCAAGGACUUGGCCAAAGGCUUGGCCCGGCAGUGUGUGGUCUUCAACUGCUCGGAUCAGAUCAAUUACCAGAUGAUGGGCAAACUCUACAGUGGUGUCGUGAGUGCUGGCGCCUGGACUUGCCUCGAUGAGUUCAACCGCAUCAGCAUCGAGGUGCUGAGUGUGGUGGCGCAACAGGUACUGGAGAUUCGACAGGCUUUGCUACAGGACUUGUCGGAGUUUGUCUUCGAGUCCAGGCAGUUGAAGGUCAAGAAUACCUGCGGUAUCUUCAUUACGAUGAACCCAGGCUACGCUGGCCGCACGGAACUGCCGGACAACUUGAAGGUGCUGUUCCGGCCAGUUGCCAUGAUGGUGCCAGACUACACACUCAUUGCAGAGAUCAUGCUCUAUGCCGAAGGUUUUGGACAAGCCAAAGUUCUGAGUGGCAAAUUUACGAACCUCUACAAGCUCUCCUCGGAACAGCUGUCCAAACAAGACCACUACGAUUUUGGCAUGCGGGCAGUGAAAUCUGUCCUGGUGAUGGCCGGUAGCCUGAAACGCGCAGAUCCAGAUGAGGAUGAAAACAUCCUGCUGAUCCGUGCGAUGCGAGAUUCCAACGUGCCAAAGUUCCUGUCAGAUGAUCUGCCUCUUUUCUUCGCCAUUGUGAAUGAUCUCUUCCCAGGAAUUGAGGUGCCAUACUACGACUAUGGUGCGCUGCAAGUGGAGAUCGAGCGCGGUCUUCAAAAGCAGAGUAUGCAGGUCCAUGACAAGUUGGUGACAAAGACGAUCCAGCUCUUUGAGACUUUCAUGGUGCGUUUUGGCGUCAUGUUGGUGGGUCCCACCCUGGGAGGAAAAACCGUGGACUACAAGACUCUAGCGAUCGCGCUAACUCAGCUGCGAGAUGACAACAGCCCGGAUGACCGCUUCCAGAAAACCAAAUACACCUGUUUCAACCCGAAGGGCAUCACCAUGGGAGAGCUCUACGGAGAAAACAACGAGCUCACACAGGAAUGGACCGAUGGCUUGGGCAGUCGCAUCAUGCGAGGCUACCAGACGGAGGAGAGCCCUGACUACAAGUGGACUGUCUUUGACGGUCCGGUUGAUGCGAUUUGGAUCGAGAAUAUGAACACGGUGCUGGAUGACAACAUGACGCUGUGCCUAGCCAAUGGCGAGCGCAUCAAAUUGAACUGGACCAUGCGCAUGCUCUUCGAAGUGGAAGACCUCCGUGUGGCAUCGCCCGCCACGGUGUCGCGUUGUGGAAUGGUGUACUUGACCCCUUCGGACUUGGGAUGGGAACCCUUCGUGCGCACCUGGCUCAGUGGGCUGCCUGACCAGCCAUUCUCUGAGAAGGCGAAGGACAUGAUCUGGAGCUACUUCGAUACGCAUGUGCAGCGAGGUUUGGAUUUCCUCCGCAAGAAUGGUACUGAGCCUGUCACCACGCAGGAUACUCAGCUGGUGAUCUCCCUGUGCCGCCUCUUCCAGUCAGUGAUGAAUGAAGAGGCAGCCACCGCCAACAGCUGUGCAUCCAAGGAUGCUCAGGUAGCUGAGGGCGAGAGUGUCUUGGUGCCCCGGCGGGUCUCCACCUUGGAGGCGGCGGAGUUUGAGAAGUUCCUUCAGCCCUGCUUUUGCUUCGCAUUCACCUGGACCAUUGGUGGAAGUUGUGAUGCCAAGACCCGGUCGAUGUUCGCCCGAGAGAUUGAGAACUGGUUCCCGAACGUGUCCAUGCCGCGUGGUGGAGGUCCAUACGAUGGCUUCAUCAACUUCUAUGAAGGGCCAAAGUGGAAGUCAUGGACCGACAUCGUGCCGAAGUUCGUGUUCCAGGAAGGCGUAUCCUAUUUCCAGCUCCUGGUGCCCAAUCCUGACACAGUUCGCUUCUCGUACAUCAUGGACCGCAUGAUGACCACGCAGAACUCUGUCUUCUUGACGGGCAAUUCUGGUGUUGGCAAGAGCGUCAACGUGGCGGCCCUGUUGGAGAAGAUGAAAGAGAUCGCCUCCGUGGUUCCAGUCUACAUGACUUUCAGUGCCCAAACCAAAGCCUAUGAGACGCAGAUCAACAUCGAGAGCAAGUUGGAAAGAAAGAGGAAGACCCUUUUGGGAGCUCCAGUGAACAAGACAGUGGUGAUCUUGAUUGAUGAUGUCAACAUGCCCCUGGUGGAGGAGUAUGGAGCACAACCACCCAUCGAACUGCUGAGGCAGUUCCAAGAUCAACGGGGCUUCUUUGACCGCAAGAAACAUGAGUGGAAGGAUAUCGAGAAUACGACCCUCCUUCUGUGCGCUGCACCACCAGGUGGUGGUCGCAAUGCCAUGACGGCACGCUUUACGCGGCACUCACAGGUGGUGUGCAUGCCACCAACCAGUGAGGAGGCGAUGUCAACCAUUUUUGGUUCCAUCAUCUCUGGCUUCCUGGGACGUUUCAAGAGCGAAGUGCAAGGCUUAGCCAAUGCCUCCGUCCAGGCGACCAUUGACAUCUACAACAAGUGUGGAGAUGAGUUGUUGCCGACUCCCACGAGGCCGCACUAUACCUUCAACCUGCGCGACGUGUCCAAGGUCUUCCAGGGACUGCUGAUGGUCAAGGCGAUGCAUGUUCCAAAUGCUGAAGCAUUUACCAGGCUGUGGUACCAUGAGCUGUCGCGCGUCUUCUGCGAUCGCUUAAUUAGCAAAGCCGACAAGGAGUGGUUCUACAAGGCUGCAGCUGAACAGCUCAAGUCCAGGUUCCGCGUGAUGGACACGGACCCGGAGAUCUGGACGUCACUGAUGUGGUGCAACUUUUUGCGACCCGUGGAGUCGCGGGUCUACGAGGAAGCCAAGGAUAAGACCAAGGUGCAAAAGGUUCUGGAAGAUGCCAAUGAUGACUACAACCUCUCGCACACCGCGCAGAUGAAUCUGGUGUUUUUCCAGGACUGUGUGGAACACAUCAACCGCAUCGCGCGUGUGUUGGCCCAGCCGCGUGGUAACCUGCUGCUGGUGGGCGUGGGAGGCAGCGGACGUUCCAGCUGCGCCAAGAUUUGUGCCUGCAUGUCAGAGACGAGCGAGUUCAACAUCGCAUUGACCAAGGGAUAUGGCAUUGAUGCAUUCCGAGAAGACGAGAAGAAGUUCUUGAUUUCCGCUGGUGCUGGUGCAGCCAAGGCCACGAUGUUCCUGUUGAGCGACACGCAGAUCAUCAAUGAGACAUUCUUGGAGGAUAUCAACAACAUCCUGAACGCUGGUGAGGUGCCGAAUCUCUUCCCCAACGACGAGAUUGACAGGGUCAUUGCAGACACACGGCCCCGGGCCAAAGAGUGUGGCCAGAGCGAGGCCAAAGACGCGGUGUGGCAAUUUUUCGUGGAAUCCGUGCGCGAGAAUUUGCACAUUGUUCUCACGAUGUCUCCAGUAGGUUCAGCCCUGCGGGUGCGCAUGCGAAUGUUCCCUGCCUUGGUGAAUUGCUGCACCAUCGACUGGUUCCUCCCAUGGCCUGAUGAGGCCUUGCUUGGAGUCUCGGCAAGACAGUUGUCUGGCAUGCAGGGCAUCAGUGAUGAAGUUCGUGAUUCCGUGGCCAAGGCGUGCUGCUUCGUUCACCAAGAGGUGAUCAAGACCUCUGCGAUCUUUGAAGACCGGCUGAGGCGUAAGGUCUACGUCACGCCCAAAUCCUACCUGGAUCUCAUUAGUCUUUACUUGGAGAUGAUCCAGGAGAAAAAGGAUGAAAAAGACGUGUCUCUGAAGAGGCUUCAAACUGGUGUCGACAAGAUCGAUGAGGCCAACUCCUUCGUGAACAACCUGCAGGAAGAGCUGACGAAGCUGGCGCCAGUGAUCUCGGAAAAGAUCAAAGAGGCAGAUGAGUUGGUGCCAGUGGUCACCGAAGAGCAGAAGAAGGCUGAAGUCAUCAAAGAGAAGGUCUCCAGCGAGGAGGUGGUGGUCCGGAAGCAAGCAGAUGAAGUGAAGGCCAUCGCCGACGAUGCGCAGAAAGACUUGGACAUUGCCAUGCCAGCCUUAGAGAGUGCGCUGAAGUCCUUGGACUCUUUGGACAAGAAAGACAUCCAGGAAAUCAAAUCCUUUGCAAAGCCGCCACCUUUGGUGAUGAUGACCAUGGAGGCUGUGAAUGUUCUGCUGCAAGAGAAAACCGAUUGGGACACGGCGAAAAAGGUCCUCAACAGGGGCACCUUCUUGCAAGACCUGAAGACCUUCGACAAGGACAAUAUCCCGGAGAAGGUCUUGAAGCAACUGACCAAGUAUGUCACAAAGCCAGAGUACACCGUGGAGGCAGUCGGCAACCAGAGUAAGGCAGCUAAGAGCUUGUGCAUGUGGACCUACGCCAUGGACACCUACAGUAAGGUGGCGAAAGAGGUGGAGCCAAAGAAGCAAAAGGUUGCCGAGCUGAACGAGAAGUUGGCCAAAGCCAAUGCAGAGUUGCAGGCUAAACAAGACAAUCUCAGGGAGGUGGAAUCGCAAGUGGCAGCCCUUCAAAAGAAGUUGAACGACACCAUCUCGGAGAAGGACCGCUUGGUUGCAGAGUCCCAGUUGACCAAGGAGCGACUGGCCCGCGCCGACAUCUUGACAGUUGGGCUGAAGGAUGAAGGAAUCCGAUGGCGCGAGACGGUGUCCACGAUUCGACAAGAUAUCAUCAAUCUCACUGGCGAUGUCUUUUUGUCUGCAGCGUCGAUCUCCUACUAUGGGCCCUUUACCGGCACCUAUCGCAACGACAUUGUUGAUGCCUGGCUCAAGGAGCUAAAGAAUUUGAGCAUCCCCAGCGGAGAUACCUUUGACCUCAGGGAGGUGAUGGGAAAUCCCGUUGAGAUCAGAGAAUGGAACCUCCAAGGUCUUCCAGCAGAUGCUGUGUCCAUCAACAACGGUGUCAUGGUGAUGCGCGGGAAGCGAUGGCCCUUGAUGAUUGACCCGCAGUCGCAGGGCAACAAGUGGAUCAAGAAGAAGGAGGGCAAGGACCUAAAGACCUUGAAGAUGACGAAUCCCAAGAUGCUUUUGAUCCUGGAAGGUUGCAUUCGCACCGGGGCUCCCAUGCUGAUGGAGGACAUUGAAGAGACCUUGGACCCAGCCUUGGAACCGGUGCUGCUGAAGGCAGUGUAUGAAGACAACAAUCGAUUGCAGAUCAAGCUGGGAGACAGUGAGGUGGAUUACGACAAGAACUUCCUCUUCUACAUGACAACAAAGAUGCCCAAUCCACACUACUUCCCAGAAGUUUGCAUCAAGGUGACGGUCAUCAACUUCACCGUCACGUUCGAGGGCUUGGAAGAGCAAUUGCUGAAUGAGGUGGUUUCCAAAGAAAUCCCAGCAACUUUGCAGAGGAGGGUUGAGCUGAUGCUGCAGCUGGCAGAUGAUAAGAAGGUGUUGAAACAGCUGGAAGACAAGAUCCUGAAGCUUCUCUCUGAGUCCAGUGGCAACAUUCUCGAUGAUCAGGUGCUCAUCAGCACCCUUGGGGAGUCCAAAGAGACCUCCACAGCGGUGAAUCAACGAGUGAAGGCCGCCGAAGAAGCCGCGGUGGAGAUUGAUGCUGCCUGUAAGCAGUACACAGAGGUGGCAACACGUGGAAGCAUCCUCUACUUUGUCAUUGCGGAUUUGGCCAACAUCAAUCCCAUGUACCAGUUCAGCUUGUUCUACUUCGUGCGGCUUUUCAAGACAUGCAUGGACAAAGCGGCCAAGAGUGAUGACAUCGACAUCCGCAUGACCAACUUGGGCAACCAGAUCUUGAACGGCAUCUUUCAGAACGUUUGCAGAGGCUUGUUUGAGGACAACAAACUGACCUGCAGCUUCCUCAUCGCUACUGCCCUGCAACGUCAUGCUGGGGAGAUCAGCCCCACUGAAUGGUCUUUGCUUCUCAGGGGUGUUGGAUUGCUGGACAUGAGUGCGCGGCCUGCCAAUCCAGAUACCGACUUCUUCACUGAAAAGAUGUGGGAUUUCGUGUAUGCCAUCCAGAUGUAUUCGGCAGAUCGCUGCCCGGAUUUGUGCCAAGAGAUUGCCGAGAACUUGGAGGAUUGGAAAGAUUGGGUUCAGCACGAGAUGCCACACUUGCAGCCCAUGCCCAACAAUUACGAGGAGAGGAGCCAGCUUCAUUACUUCCAUUACUUGCUGCUAUUGAAGGGCUUGGCGCAAGAGAAGCUGUUGGUGGCCAUCCAAGAGCACACUCGGAGGUGCCUGGGUGAGGACUUCAUAAUCUUUCCCACCGCGACAGUGGCGGAACUUUAUGCAGAUUCCACCCGCAGCACGCCAAUUGUGUUCGUGCUCUCAACAGGUGCAGACCCAACUUCCAUGCUGUUGCGCUUUGCUCAAGAGGUGGAUAUGGCUUCUACCAUGGGUGUGAUCUCUCUGGGACAAGGACAAGGACCCAAGGCCAAGACAAUGGUUGUUGAAGCCAGGAAGAAGGGCACCUGGGUCCUUCUCCAGAACUGUCACCUGUACAAGACCUUCAUGCCGGAACUAGAGAAGAUGUGCGAGGAAUUGGAAGAGCCUUCCAUGACCCACAAGGAUUUCCGGCUCUUCCUCACCAGCAUGCCCGCAGCGUACUUCCCAGUGCCAGUGCUGCAGAACGGCAUCAAGCUGACGACCGAACCGCCCAAGGGCUUGCGGGCCAAUGUCAUUCGCAGCUUCCUGCCCAUGUCUGAUGAACAGUUGAACGACAGCGCGAAACCCAAAGAGUGGCGACGCCUGCAGUUUGGCUUGAAGUUCUUCCAUGCAGUGAUCCAGGAAAGACGGAAGUUUGGUCCCCUCGGAUGGAACAUCAGAUACGAGUUCAAUGACUCGGACCUGGAAACGUCCACCACCAUCACUCACAACAUGUUGGAACUGGAUGGAGCCAUCCCUUGGGACACAUUGCUGUUCGUGAUUGGCCACAUCAACUAUGGCGGCCGCGUGACGGAUGACAAUGACAGGAAAUGCCUCUUGGCCAUCUUGGAGAAGUAUGUCACACCCAAAAUCCUGGAAACCGACUACAGAUUCUCCGAGAGUGGCACCUACAGGUGUCCUGACAACUCAGACGUGGCAGACGUGGAGCAGUUCCGAAAAUUUGUUGCGAGUUUCCCUCUGGCCGAAAUGCCAGAGGUCUUUGGAAUGCACGACAAUGCGAACAUCAGUUUCAUGAGUCAAGAAGCCGAGAAGGUCCUGAGUGUGGUGCUCUCGAUUCAGCCGCGUGAGGCGGGUGGCAGUGGCGGCAAGAGCUCGGAGGAGAUGGUCUUGGAAUUGUCGGCGGACCAGGAGUCCCGUUUGCCCGACAAGCUGAUCACGGACAACGCCCACGCGGACAGCUUCGCCAUGAGCGAGGAGACAGGCCUAAUGACCUCACUGGGCACCUGCCUCUCACAGGAGAUGUCUCGCUUUAAUCGUUUGCUGAGCCAAAUGACGAUGACGCUGAAGCAGCUCCAAAAGGCGGUCAAGGGCAUCAUUGUCAUGACAGGCGAGUUGGAUGAUAUGUUCAAUGCCGAGCUGAAGAACCUGGUUCCUGGCAUUUGGACCAAAGAUGGCAUCGGCUAUCCCUGCCUGAAACCGCUGAACUCCUGGUUCGAGGACAUGAUUUUGCGCUUCGCAUUUUUCAGAGAUUGGAUCGAAGGUGGUAUCCCGAUCGCCUAUUGGAUCUCAUCUUUCUAUUUCCCACAGGGCUUCUUGACCUCAGUACUGCAAGGCUACUCCCGAAAGAACCUGAUUCCGGUGGAUCAGCUGUCUUUUGAAUUCGUGAUGCAGGACACCGCAGAUCCCCAGGCAUUGCAAGGAGCACCUGAGGAAGGUAUCUAUAUCCAUGGACUUUUCAUGGAUGGUGCGGCGUGGAGCUUCGAUGACAUGGCCAUUGACGAUCAGGAGUUUGGCACCAUGUUUGUGACCACUCCGAUCAUCAACUUCAUUCCUUGGCAGGAUAAGAAGGCGAAUCCCGACAAGUAUCGGUGCCCAAUCUACAAGACCUCGGUUCGUGCGGGCACGCUUUCUACCACUGGCCAUUCGACCAACUUCGUCUUGGCGAUCGAGGUUGAGACAUUGAUGGAUCCAUCGUAUUGGACACUGAAAGGAGCUGCCAUGUUAACAAUGCUGAAUGAUUGA